AUGAGUUUCUUGAAAGGAUCAUCAACUUGGGAACCAGUAAUGACAAGAAACACAUCUUCAUUAAGCUAUUGGUUCAAUUGGAGAGUCAUGGUUUGUUCUAUAUGGUUAAUCAUUUCUCUAGUUUUCUCAUUUUUUCUCAUUUCAAAAUAUGAAGGCUGGCCAAAAGGAAAAAACAGAGUCAGAUUUGAAGAACAAGAACAAGAAGUUGAAGGAAUUUUGUAUGAAGAUGAAGUUUGGCGACCAUGUUUAAGAGGGAUUCAUCCAGGUUGGCUUCUGGUGUUUCGCGUUUUAGCGUUCGUCGUAAUUCUCAGCGUUCUUGUAUUGAAUGUCGCAGUUGAUGGCAUCAACAUUUUCUAUUAUUACACUCAGUAA